UGUGUUGUGAACAUUUUUGGUAAUUUUCAAUAGUUUGUUGUUAUCAAAACAAUUCCCCGUGUAUUCACUUUAGUUUGCUUAAAAGGCGUAAUAGUAGUACUAGCCAUGUCUACCAUAUACGAAACGCGUGAAUUCGAACUUCGACAUAAGGAAAUCUGUCGCUUUUGCUUGGUGCAGGGAAAACUCGGCUCAAUUUUUGUUGAAAAUGCACGUAUUAAGUCAACGGCGACACUGCCGUUGCAAAUAAUGGCCAUAACAUCGAUCGAGGUGAACAGCGAAGAUGGUAUGCCGAGUUUUAUAUGUUUGGACUGUCGUCUACUAUUUGAACAUUGCUAUCGUUUUAAGCAAAUGUGCAAAAGAGCGGAUACCUUGCUACGUCAAUAUCCACUCACUGGUCAGUGGCCAGAGCCUUUGGAGAAACCCCGGGCUCCACACAUUUCCAAGCAAGUUCAGGAGUUUAAAAAGGAAACAAAAGAUGCACCACCCAUGAAGCUCUUGAACUCGAUGGCCAAGUCGCCCAAUGUUCAAAUUGAGAGUGUGGAAGUUAUGGAAACAAGCUCUGCCACGAGAAAAUUGCUUAACUUGGGAGUACUGGUUAAACAAGAGCCACCAACCACAUUAAUACGCGUUUUCAACAAGCGUUACAAUAACCCUCAGACAUACCAGGAGAAGCCUGAAAGUAAUCAAGAGCUGUCAAUGGACGUUCAAAAUUUGAUCGCAGAUUUGGCUGAUGAAUUGGACGAUGAAACAGUUCCGACUGUUUCAACAUCUAAUAAACCGAAGCUGCUGAACAAACAAUCCGUACGUAUCCUCAACAAAGGGGCAUCCGCACCAAUUGAGCCACGACUGGCCACACCACAGAUUAAACGUGAUGAAGAGGGAAAUAUGGCAAUUGUUACAGAAAUUCUUAGCACAACGGAUGUUGUAGAAGAACCGUUAAAGAUUGCCGCACCCGUAGCCACAAACGUAUUUCCUUGCCCACAAUGUGAGCGGACUUUUCCUCUUGAACAGCUGCUUGACAUACACAAGCUCAAUCAUUCGCGUGAACGCAGCUUCCUCUGCACAAAAUGCAACAAAAGUUUCUUCUCCAAAUAUGAUCUACAGAAGCACAACUUGGUGCACACCGGCGAACGUCCAUUUAAAUGCACUGUUUGCGAAAAGGCUUUUACUCGGAGCACUCUGUUGCAUCGUCAUGAACGCACCCAUACCGAUAUUCCAAAAUUUAUUUGCGUCUAUUGCGAGAAGCCUUUUAUUUCGCGCGAGGAGAUGGAAAAGCAUGCUGAGCGACAUACCAAAAAGCGCCCAUUUCAAUGUGGAGUUUGUGACAAAUCGUUUACCUUCAAACAAGGCCUGGAGCGACACGAGGUAAUUCACUGCAAUGAUUUGCCUUUUCCGUGCCAGCAUUGCGACGAGAGUUUCAUAACUGCUGGCAAAUUGGCCCGUCAUCUGGUAGCACAUGCUGGAAAACGCGUCUAUCCUUGCAAGUACUGCCCUAAGUCGUACGUGCUGUCUCACCAUCUGUCUCGUCAUAUGCGCACUCAUAAGCAAGUGUCGGCUACAUUCACCUGCAGUAUUUGCAAGAACUCGUUCAAAACCUACCACAGUCUAGUGGAUCACUCCAUAACACAUGCCAGCACGUUACUAAUUUGUCCGCUGUGCAAUGAGAAAAUACCAGAUAUAAAUUGUGUCAAUCAGCAUGUGGAAGCCCAUAAGGAAAGCGAACCAUUUCAAUGUGGAUUUUGCGACGCAAUAUUCCUGAGCUCGGAGGAUCUACAGAAACACAUCGAGGGCGAGCACGUUGUAGAUAUGGUUUCAUAUCAGAGCUAUGGAAAAAAUGACGUGGACGUUGUGAUUAAAGAAGAGUCAGAUCUGCUGCAGCAAUUGCUCAACGAUGAUGGCGAAGAAUGUAUAGAAAAUCAAUCCCAGAGCAAGGCGCCUUCGCCACCACAAGCCAAAAGUAGCAACAACAAAAAAGUGGGACAAGCUAAGAAAAGUGUUUCGCCUGUGGGAACAAAACAAAAUAAAAUGAAAAGAGAAUUAAGUUCACCGGAUAAAUGGCUGCCGAAACGCCAGACUAGGAGUACUGACACUGUAAUAGAUGUUGAGAGACAAACAUCUAGCAAGGUACAACGCAAAAAGGGGAAGUAAAGAUCAAUUAAGAACAGGAAAUUGAUGGCAGCAGAUAUGCUAAAUAAAGAGCACCAUACCAUAGCAUUCUAGAUUUAACUUACGCAGCAAAACGAGAAUUUGAUUGAACUUUUAAUUCUUAUAAAAUCCCAAACAAUGCCGACAAGAAUAAAUGAUUAUUGUAGAUAUUUAUGUUCGGACCCAUUCUCGUUGUGCUGUGAUUAUGUUUUACAAAAUAAAAAAAUUAAAUUUACACCGA